AUGUGGAAUGCAGAGAAAGGCAACCAAACAGCAAUCACAGAAGUUGUCCUUGUGGGUUUUGGGACUCGCCUGGAGCUGCAGCCUCUUCUAUUCCUGCUCUUCCUCAUGGUUUAUAUUGUGACAGUAAGCGGGAACCUCCUCAUCGUUUUGCUAAUUGCGAGUGACCGGCACCUCCACACCCCCAUGUACUUCUUCCUGGCCAAUUUGUCCUGCCUGGAGACCUGCUACAGCACCAUCAUCUUGCCCCCAAUGUUAGCCAAUUGGUUCACUGGAGAGAGAAUCGUUGCUCUUCGCAGCUGCAUAGCUCAAUAUUUUUUCUUUGGAACCAGUGCAGGUGCAGAAACAUAUCUUUUGGCAGUGAUGUCUUACGAUCGCUAUCUAGCCAUAUGUAAGCCAUUGCUUUAUGCCUCUAUUAUGCACAGGAAAUUGUGUUUGCAGCUCAUGGUUGGGACAAGGUUUGAUAGUUUUUUGUUUAACAUCAUAAUAACGUAUAUGCUGGCUCAGUUAGAUUUCUGUGGUCCAAAUGUCAUAGAUCACUAUUUCUGUGAUUUAAUCCCAGUGGAAAAAUUGUCCUGUAGUGAUACAAGUGUCUUUGAUGUGGUCUUGCUUCUCUUCACCUUUGUUUUCACUGUGGCUCCAUUUGUCCUGACCCUCACCUCCUAUGCUUGCAUCAUUGCCUCCAUCCUAAAGAUCCCGUCCACCACUGGGAGGCAAAAGGCCUUUUCGACCUGCUCUUCUCAUCUCCUGGUGGUCUGCAUAUUUUAUGGGACAAUCAUCAUUGUCUACAUGUUGCCAGACACUCCCACUCUGAGAGACCUCAAUAAAAUCUUCUCCAUUUUCUACACAGUCCUGACUCCCUUGGUCAAUCCGCUCAUCUAUAGCUUGCGAAACAAAGAAGUUCACAAAGCGCUAAGGCGAGUUUGCCAUAAAUUCUGUUGA